UUUUUCGGUUUAUGUACUUCACUCAACCUUACUUGAAUUCGGUAGCUUCUCCAUCGAAUCAUCUGCAUUACUAACAAUAUACCUUGGUUACCCGAUAUCCAUGAUUUUAUACAUCGAAAAAAAGCUGAAAAAAAGCUUUUGAUUUUUGGCGCUCGACGGCAAAAAUGAUAUGCGCUUUUCUGAGUUCUCGGUUAUUUAUUUCCAGUUCAUUGCAGAUUUUGUUCAUAUCCAAUGCUGGUCCGAUGAAAAAAACGUUCAAGAUUGUGAAAGCACGACUUCGCCCUCCCGCGACUCCGGACCCUAAUACUAGAGCUCCAACAUCUUCCAAGCCGGUUCUUCGUACAACCUUGAAUGCAGCGGAGACUUCCAUUCGUCUUCUGAAAGAGUUAUCUGAUGCCGUACCAUUCAUAGGGAUCGCUGCCUCUGCUGCGGUAUUCAUUAUCGAGGGGUGCAAAAGAUAUGGUCGUAAUUCCCGAAGUUAUGAGGAACUUUUAAAGUCCGUACAAAAUCUAGACCGUUUGCUCUCUCCUUACAAGGAUGGAAACUCCGUCUUGGCAUCUGAGGUCACGAAGAGUCUUGAUACGUUCACCAGGUCCGCCAUAUCCUCGAUUGUCAUUGACUCAAGCAUAUAGAACCUGAACCGUUACAGUGCGAUCCUCAAUGUGCGCUCUGAGGUUGAAGGUCUUCAAUCCAGCAACCGGAUUUCUCAAUUUGUGAACAGUGCUGAUAACGAGAUUCGAGUAACGGAACUGAUACAGAAGGUCAAGGAGGCCAUC